AUGAAAACUACAAUUUUCUUCCUGAUCUGCAUUCUAGCACUUUCUUCUGCCUAUAUUGAGCUUACUCACGAGGAUGGGAAUGAUAUCCUCAAGGAACUCAAGAAGAGGAACAAUGGAGUCAUAGUUGUUCUCUUCGUCGCAGAAGCUGAGAUUGGAACUGAGCUUGCCCAGACAAAUAUGGAUUAUGAAUUCCAUCUAAUCAACAAGGUUUUGAAGAACUAUCCUAGUUUCAAGUAUGCAAAGGUCAAUGCAGUUGAUAAGAACUACAGUGAUCUCGUAAAGGCAACUGGAAUCAGUAUCUCGGACCUCUAUAACUCUCCAAGCGUACUCAUCUCUGAAGAUAGGGAUGGAGAAUGGAUCCAUGGUGACAUCAGCUCUAGCAAAUUGAAACAGGUGGCUAGAUAUUACAAUGAGAGAGUUAAUGAAUAAUUUCUUUUAGAUUUAGACAAUCUGUAAGAAUUAUUGUCCAAAUU